AUGCUUAGAACAUUAAAUAAAUUUUGUAAGCGAGACGUAAUAUUUAAUAUUAUUCGUAAACAAUCUAAUUUAAUCAAUAUAUUCAUCAAUGGUCAAUCUGUUACUGUUCCGAGCUAUUUUACAAUCCUUCAAGCGCUACGUAGAGAAGGCAUUGAAGUACCAACAUUCUGCUAUCAUGAUAGACUAUCCAUUGCUGGCAACUGCAGAAUGUGUCUCGUUGAAAUAGAAGGUAUAGGGAAGCCUCAAGUUGCUUGCGCUAUGCCAGUGUCAAAAAAUAUGAAAGUUAAAACUAAUUCUAUUAUAACACAAAAAGCACAGGAAAGUGUUUUAGAAUUUAUUCUAAUAGACCAUCCACUGGACUGCCCAAUAUGCGAUCAAGGAGGAGAGUGUGACUUGCAAGAUCUCACUAUGAAAUUUGGCAAUGAUCGUACACGGUUCACUGAUAUACACUUUGAAGGCAAAAGGGCUGUAGAGAGUAAGAAUUUAGGACCACUCAUUAGAACAGAAAUGACAAGAUGUAUUCACUGCACUCGGUGCAUUCGUUUUGCAUCACAAGUUUGUGGAAUGGAAAUUUUAGGAUCUACUGGUCGUGGCGGAGAAAUGCUUGUAGGAACAUAUGUAGACAAAAUGUUCCUCUCUGAAUUAUCUGGCAACGUAAUAGAUUUGUGUCCAGUGGGCGCUUUAACUUCUAAGCCGUAUAUGUUUAAAGCAAGGCCCUGGGAAUUGAGAAAGACUGACUCAAUUGAUGUGACAGACGCAACAGGGACUAAUAUUGUUGUAAAUCAUAGAUUUGAUCGUGUGCUACGAAUGUUACCUCGAGAAAAUGAUAAUAUUAAUCAAGAAUGGCUAUCAGAUAAAGGGCGGUGGGCAAUUGAUUCACUAGAAGUUCAAAGACUAAUAACUCCUAUGCACAGGAAUGAAGGUGGUUUAUGUCCGAUAGACUGGCAUCGCGCCUUAAAGAUGGCAUCAAAGUUACUGACAUGUGUCUCUCCAUCUAAAUUAAUGGCUGUAGCAGGUCCUCACUGUAAUGCAGAAACGUUGGUCGCUGCAAAAGAUCUGCUUAACAUUCUUGGGUCAGAUCAUACUUACAUCGAACGCGAUUUAGCUUACUCACAAACAAGUAUAGACAUUAGAGCUGGAUACUCUUUGAAUGUUAAAAUUAAAGAUGUUGCUACAGCCGAUAAAAUACUUUUAGUUGGAACAAAUCCGCGUUUUGAAGCUCCUAUACUAAAUGCUAGAAUAAGACAAGCUUAUUCAUUCAAUGAAUGUGAUAUUUACGCAAUUGGUCCAAAAUGCGAUUACAAUUAUUUUGUUACUUACAUUGGAGAGACUGUCAAAGAUAUAGCAAGUGCUAAAAUCUAUUUAAAAAGUGGAUUAAACCCUUUGAUAUUUGUCGGUAUAGAUCAAUUACAGGGGCCAAAUGCUGUAGGAAUCAUGAAUGAGUUGCACAAGCUUGUAUCAACCCUGAAUGUGGAUAAAGACUGGGGGGUGUUAAAUAUACUAACAAAGGAAGCUAGUUUUGCUGCAGCAUUAGAAGCUGGAUGGAAACCAGGAGGUUUAGCCGCGUUGAAAUCAUCUAGCCCAAAAGUUUUGAUAUCUUUAGGUGCGGAUCAUGUAUUUUGUAAAUGGGUUCCGCCAACGGAUUGUUCAAUUAUUUACAUUGGUUUUCAAGGAGAUCGAGGAGCGGAGUGUGCCUCCAUAGUUUUACCCGGUAGCGCCUAUACUGAGGCUGGUGGAACAUUUAUGAAUAUGGAAUGUAGAGCACAGUUUGCUUACCCAGCUGUCACACCGCCUGGAAAAGCUCGUUACGAUUGGAAAAUAAUAAGAGCUUUAGCUGAGUAUUGUAAAAUAUGCUUAUUUUAUAGCGACCAAGAAUCUCUGUGUCGCAGAAUGGCUCAAAUUAGUCCGAACUUAGUCAACUUUGGCGUAUAUCAAGAGAAGCUAUUUAAUAAUUUAAUACCAGAGCUAAUGAAUAAAGAUAAAUUUGGGGAUAAAUGUGGAUCGCAACAAAUAGACAUCUAUAUGAAGACUUUAAAAGAAUAUUAUUGUUCAGAUAUAUUUACUUACAACUCGCCAACGAUGAUCAAAGCAACAAAAGCUGUGUCGAAAAUGGAGAAUUCCAGCUAUCAUGCACUA